GUUAUAACUCAGAGGCGGCGGCAGCCACGACUCUUGUCAUGGAGGGCAACUGUCCUAGAAGGGGCACUGAGGCAGGGUCUUGGGGCCCGGGUGCCUCCAAGCCAAAAUGCUGGGGGAACUAAUGUCUCUUUUUAGAACUCUGCACGGAAUACUUGCUUCCUCAGGCACCACAGGAGCAUUGGUGGCUUGGCUGAUCAGCUAUAAGGCAGCUUUUUUUGGGUUCCUAUUCCUUCUGCUGUUGCUUAGCAACUGGCUGGUCAAGUAUGAACUCAAGCUUACCCCCUCAGAGCCCCAGCAGGAAAAGGCAGAGAAAUCAAAGACCCCGGAAGCCAAACCCUACGGUAACGUCAUGAGCACAAAAGAAGUGGAGAGACUGCACACGUGCUUUGCCCUCCAGGACAAGAUCCUUGAACGGCUUAUGUUCAGUGAAAUGAAGCUGAAGGUCUUAGAAAAUCAGAUGUUCAUCGUAUGGAAUAAAAUGGAUCGCCACAAGAGGUCAGGCCGACGGCGGACUUUUCCCACGGGGAGACACAGAAUCAGGAAGCAUGAGUCGAUUUUCUCCAUCUUCUCUGAUUGCACUUCCAAUUCCCCCUAACGAGGUCGGAGAGACUGGGGUGGGCCGGCCUCUUCUGAUGUUACCUUUACUCAGUAAAACCCAGUCAGAGACUAUUGAA